ACGAAUCGCACAGGCAAAGUCAGAGUGAAAUAGAAGCAAUUUGUGUGUGUUCUCGCGACGAGUACGACUUCAUCCUGUGUAAAUAAUUUGUAAUUAAUGCAAAAACGCCUAAAAAUUUAUGCAAAAAUCGCAAGUAUUCGUUUUCACAUAAGAAAUUAAGCAAGUUAUACAUAUAUAGUAAUAAAUCGUGUGUGCGGAGGUCGUAACAUUUUGGGUAAAUUAAGGAAAAACCUGAAGUAAAAAAAACGAAGCACGCAGAAAAGCAAACGCCGCUGCUUCGCGUUGUCGCCAGUUCGUUGAUGUGUGCCCUUGCCAUACCCUUACUACGACCAACCAACCAACCGAGCGUCUACCAUUCUUGUAAUUAUUGUGUAAAGUGUAAAUCCUGAAGCUAAAAACAGCAAAAUUUGCUUAUAAAAAGCCUAAUUUUGUUAAUUUCUUCAUUGUUCUGCAUCUUGUAAUCAAUUCCUUAAAAACAACGUUAAAUUAAUGAACAAAAUGUUCCAACACUUUGGUGGCUAUUACAUAUUUUAAUACAAAGUUUCAUGUGUAAAGUGUGUGUAACUAGAAAUUAAAACUAGAAAUAUUUUUUUGGCUACCGCUAAUGAAGAGUUGCAACUACUUCGAAUAUCCAUUUAAAUAAAAAUAAUUAAAUAAUUUUGGGUACACCGCCGAUUACCCACACAGUGUAUUAAUUUGAACGUACUUCGGCACAGCCUAAAAGAAAUCCUUUGACCACAAAACGAAGACAUAAAAAGUGUGCAUGUCUACUUCUUCUUCAAUCGUCGCUUUAUAUGGUCAAAUGCAAAAUAAAAAUCUCAUUAGUGUUAAUAUCGUGAAACAGUUCUUGUAAAAUAUUUGUGUAUAAAUACAUAUAUGUAAAAUAAUCGAAUUACUUGCAAACAUAUACAUACAUAGUAAAUACAAACAAACAAAUGCACAUCAAAAAAUACCGCAUAUAAAUAGUUAGUGUAGUGAUAUUGGCUCUUUUAUCAAGCACAUCUGUAAAAAGCAAAGUAUCAAAAAUAGAAAACAAAAGAAAAGUGUUGUAUUAAAGUUGUCCGCAGCAUCUGUAAAUUGCAAAUCUCACAGUAUUUCAACGGUUUCUUGAAUUUUACGAAGCUUCGUUGUAGAAAAAGAAACAAACGCAUUUUAAUGAAAGAGCGCAUCUUUUACUGCAUGCCGAAUCUUAAGUGAUAUCAUCUAUGAAUUAAAGCUCUUAAACGAAAGUAUUGCAUUUUUAAAAAGUUAGCCAAGCCAAGUGUAAAAAUCGUGUAAACAAGUCUGCAUUUAGUAUUUUGUGUGUUAAAAUAAUUGUGGUGUAUAUUGUAACAAAAAAGCAAAAAUUCCAUUAAACGCAUAAAAAAAAAACAGUAACCAAUUUGUAAACGCGUAAAUCAAAAAUCUAAAAUUAAAUAAAAAUCGCAAGUCGCUAAUCGAAAAGCGUCACUUGUGCGUAUUGUCAAUUUCUAUUUUCGCCGCUGCGCGUGUGUUAAAUAAAAGCCGUCAAAAUAGAGCUGUUACCAACGCCCACGAUUUCCAUAUCCACGGUUGCGCCGCCGACGCUAUCGCCCCACCACCAUCCGCACCAUCAACACCACCUACUGCAACAGUCCUUUCAACAGCAAACGCAGCCGCAUUCCCAGCAGCAGCAGCAGCAGCAUCAGCAGCAGCAACAACAACAACCACAUCAUUCCAAUCCGCAUACGCCAUUUGGUGGUGGCUUUCAUCAUCCAUUCCCUCCACUGUUGCCCCACCAACAGCAGCAGCAGCAGCAACAGCAGCCGCACUCCCAACAACAGCAACAGCAACAACAAUCGCAGUCGCAAUCGCAUCCUAAUUUUCUGCUAACACCGCCGCUGCCUGCAACGCCGCAGUCACAACUACAACAGCACCACCACCAACAACAACACAUGAAGUUAUUGGGUGGUAACGAUGAUCGUAAUGGGCGCGGCGAUCAGAAUAUGCCGCGCGUGCAAGAGGAAGCAACUGGCGGCUUUAUUUUUCAACCAUCUGGCACUUCGAUGCAUGACAUGGCCGCUGCCGAAUAUGCUGCACAAUUUGCGCAAAAACGCUGGGCUUGCGCUGAUGAGCAUCCCAUUGAUAAUCCCGACAAAUGGAAGUACAAUCCACCGCCACAAAUGAAUCCCGCUAAUACCACAACCGGUGCACCGCCCGGUAGUGGCGGCACCAUCGGCCCCAUCGGCAUGGGUGCUGGCAUUGGUAGUAUUGGCACGAAUGGUGGCUUACACCCUUCCAUGAGUGGACCCUCCCAGAUGGGUGUCGGACAGAUGGGCGUAGGUGGUGGUAGCGCAGCCGCUGCUGCCGCUGGCAUGGCUGCCAUGCACACAGCUGCUGUGGCCAAGCACAAUCAUAUGAUGUCACAGGUUGUUGCAGCACAACAACAACAUCAACAACAGCAGCAGCAACAGCAACAACAGCCGCCACACCCGGCACACCAGCAACCAGGACCACAACAACAGCAGCAGCAACAACAACAGCAAGGACAACAACAUGGUGGCGGCGUUGGCGUUGGCCAGCAAAUGGCGCUGUCGCACUCACAACAACAGCAACAACACCAACAGCAACAGCAGCAACAACAACAACAGCAGCAGCAGCAGCAGCAGCAACCACAUGGACCGCCACAUCCCUCUCAAAUGGCAUCACAUCAGCAAUUCGGCUCGAAUUUACUAAAUCAUGCCAUGAAUAAUCCAGCUGCUGCUGCAGCAGCUGCCGCCAUUGCUGCUAGUAUGCAACCGCCGCACAUGCAGAUGGCAGCUGGCAUGCAAGCGGGCAAUUGCAGCAUGUACGAUCAUCCCGGCGUGCAUCCCGGUGUGGGCAUGAACGGUGUACCCAAGCCACCAGGCCCACCGGGACCACCCGGUCCAACUGGUGGACCCGGCGAGUUAGUGUAUUUCGGCGGCCAGCCACCAAAUGCAGCUGCAGCUGCUGCCGCCGCCGCCAUGGGCAUGUUGCCGCAAAAUCAUUUCAUGAACAAUGCUGCCGCGGCAGCUGCAGCCGCAAAUCGCAAUGCAGCAGCGAUCACCACAUCCACUGCCAAGAAGCUAUGGGAGAAAUCCGAUGGCAAAGGUACCACUUCGGGUGGCGUAACCGGUGGUCCUUUAAAUCCACUACACAUACCCGGCGUAGGCGAUCAUCCAGUUUGGAAAGACUCUACAUGGUCAACACAAGGCGAAAAUAUACUGGCACCGCCACGCCCGCGUACUUUUCCACAAGCUCCAGAUACGAAUACGAGCACCAAUGCCGGCAUUUUGAGCCCACGUGAUGCCACCAGCGGUUUGGGUGUUAAAAUGGUCGAAUAUGUGUUGGGCGGCUCACCGACUAACAAGGAGAGUCCACUCUCCAGCCUGGAGCCACGUUUGCGAAGUCUGAAAUUCGAUGACAAUGAUAAGUCACACGAUGACAAAGAAAAGGCCAAUUCUCCGUUUGACACAAACGGCCUAAAGAAAGAUGACCAAGUUGCAAAUACGAAUGGCGUGGUCAAUGGCAUUGAUGACGACAAAGGAUUUAAUCGCACACCUGGCUCCCGUCAGCCCUCACCAGCUGAAGAAACGCUGCCACGUCCACCCACACUACUCGAUCCCAGCCAACAUGGUGGCUUUCCAACGCAUCCAUUCAAUCAUAUGCUCAAUUCCAUGGAUCAUCAAGGCGGUGGUCCUGGCACACAAAUGAAUUCGUAUCCACCACAUCAAAUGCAAAUGGGUCAACUGCAACCGCCCGUAAUGAAUGGUGUCGGUGGCAUGCAAAUGGCACAGAGCCCCAUGAUGAAUCAUCAGACACAAGGACCAAAUCAAAUUGAAUCUCCAGGAAAUUUAUUGCAGCAACAACCGCCUAAUUUUGAUGUACAGGUAAGUUGAUUGAAUUGGAAAACCGAGCCAUUUAUCUUGGUAAUAAUAAUUUUUUUCUCG